AUGGAGCAGCUGCAUAACAGCACAGUGCAGCACAAAGCCGCAGUUUGGGAGAUGGAGCAGGUGAUACGAAUGGCCAGACCUAGCCGGGUGGGCGGGGGCGCCGAGCCGGCGGCGGGAUGGUGCCGACCGCCUUUCCCCCUUGUCCCCCGCUCCGCAGGUGACUUCUCGGCGCCGGCCCUGAGCGCCGAGGCAGCCGACUACCUGUGCCUGGCCGGCCAGCCCUCCCCGGCCCUGAGCUACACCGGCAGCUUCUUCAUCAAGACGGUGCCCGAGCACCCCCACGACCAGGAGUCCCUCUUCAACCUGAUGUCGGGCAUCCUGGGCCUCUCGCCCUUCGCCGAAGGCCCGCAGAGACCCCUGGACUCCCUGUACGCCGGCCCCGAGGCCGGUCCCAACCAGCUGGACCUCUACGGCAACUGCCAGCCCGAGCUGAACGUCUCGGUGCAGGCGCCCUUUGCGGAGCAGGGCUACGCCGCCUUCGAGCCAGCCCACCAGCUGCAGAGGCCUCCCAGCGCGGGCGGCUCCUCCCAGUGCCUCUUCGAGGCCAAACUCAUGGAGAACAAGCCCGACAUCAAGAUGCCCCCCGGCUCCCCUCCUCUGGACAAGUUCAAGGCAUGCUCGCAGUGGGAGCCCGUGGCGCAACACCAGGCCUACCUGCCCGCCACGUACCAGUCCUCGGAGGCCUUCCACCCCGGCGACAGCGGCCAGGCCUUGUUCCACCCACUGGGGUCCAAGAUCGAGGACGCGCUGGCGGCGAGCUGCCAGUCCGAGCUCGGCAGCCUGUCGGAAGAGCCCUACGGCACGAAUUUGGGGUUCGGGUGCGAGCCGGGCUUCCCGCCUCUCGGUGCCGCGGGGCAGAUGCCCCCGGACUUCGGCGACACGAAGCUGCACGGCUUCGCUCCCCAGCUGCUGCAGGAGUUCGAGUCCUCCUUGGCACAGGCAGAGGUCAUCCCCGGGCUGAUGAACCCCGGCGAGCUGCUCCACGCCUCCCCGGCCGGCCCUCCCGCGGACUUCCUGCCCCACGCGCCCGCCUCGUCGGUGGCCGCGCUGCUCGCCGCCCACCCCGCCCUGCCGCCGGAGCCGAAGAGGAAGCCGCGGCGGAGCAAAUGCUCCUCCAAGUGCUUCUGCCCCAAGCCCCACGAGAAGGCCUUCGCCUGCCCGGUGGAGAACUGCGUGCGGAGCUUCGCCCGCUCCGACGAGCUCAACCGGCACCUCCGCAUCCACACGGGCCACAAGCCCUUCCAGUGCCGCAUCUGCCUGAGGAACUUCAGCCGCAGCGACCACCUCACCACCCACAUCCGCACGCACACGGGCGAGAAGCCGUUCUCCUGCGACGUCUGCGGCCGCCGCUUCGCCCGCAGCGACGAGAAGAAGAGGCACAGCAAGGUCCACCUGAAGCAGAAGGCCCGGACCGAGGAGAAACUCAAGGGCUUGGGCUUCUACUCCGUGGGCCUGUCGUUUGGGACCCUCUGAAGCCCGGCGCCGUAUACCAGGUGACACUUUCUUUUUCUGGGCGCGAGCCCCCUUUGGCGCCUCGAGGAAGCCCUGGGGUUGCAGGGCCCACCCCUGCGGCAGUGGAAGAUGCGUGGCGGCUGGGGCCUGCCCGGUCCGCGGGUGCUGCCGAGGAGAGGAGAAGAGGCUGUACAUAAAUGCACGUGUUGGCAUGGGGUUGAUUUGCUCCCAUGUGGGCGCUCCCCGCUGCACCGACACAGGAGGCCAAGAUCUCAUCGGGGAAGGAGAAAGCCAAGGGGAGAGGAACACGGCACGGAGGGGCCAGACAGGUGGCGGGUGCAGAGCGCUGUACAUACAGGAUCCCACCUGCUUUAUCAACCCUUCCUGGGGGGGCUCCGGCUGCAUUUCUGGCAUCGGCCGGAGCCUGUUCCCUUCGCCGGGCACUUUAAAAAGGACUUCCAAGCAGCUCCGUUUUAAGACGCUGUCUCUCGGGCCUCGUCCCGGAGCUGCCCUGGGAAGGAGAGCCGGGGACUAUUUUACAAGCAAAAUGGCUGGGCUCAGCACGAUGAGCUGACAUGUUAAUAAUUGAAGGCAACUGCCAUUGUGAGCUGGCAGAGGCUUUCCACAGCCCUGGAUCUUGGGGAGGGGCGACUGUAUGGUAACUAUUAUUUUUCUCUUUGUAAAAAACAAAAAAAAAAGAAAGAAAAAAGGGAAAAACCCAGAAUCUCUGAGGAAUCUUUCAAAGUGGGUUUAUUUUUCCAAUUAAAGGUUUGUUCUAUUCUAGAAA